AUGGAAGCGGCGGACAUGGUACCAUACACGCAGAUCCUCUACCUCUCAGUUCCCCAAGAGCAGGAGCUGGAAAGCUCCACUUCAGACACAGGUCUCGCAUGGUCGAAAGCUCUCGAUGUCGUGGAGCAGUCACAGGGUUUCGUCCGGCUGUCCUGGGGCCGCUCUCCCGAAGACCGGUCAAAAGUGCAAUUGCACACUGUCCGCACCACUCUGGCCCAGCAUCAGAACUUCCUCUAUUCCGCCGCCUACGACCACAUCCUCCAACUAAUACAGCCCUUUCUCAUUCCCGACACCAAGCCUUUCGCACGCCACGCCCCCCUCAAGCACUUCACACCUGAGCGUCGCUCGCCACUCAGCCCGUCAACACCUGUGACAGGCUCCGCUGUCUACGUCUCCACCGACGUGACCUGGCACGAAGGUGCCUGGCCGCUAUGGACGCACAUUGUGAGGCACGUGCCGGGCUGCAUUGGCAUUGUGGGCGGUGAGCUUGUUGAGCAGGUGGAUGGCAAGUCCAACUGCUACCUGGUGUAUGUGGGCUGGGAGAGCAUUAAGGCUCAUGAAGACUAUCACCAUACGAAGCAUUUCGCGAGCAGGCGGGUGGUGUUGGGGCUAGGCAACGAUGGGUAUCGAGAAUACGGACAUAUGGUAUUUGAGGGAGAGAGGGUGAAGCCUGGGGUGAAGCUGUAG